GGCCCCUCUGUGCCACGACAAUCGAGCCAGUGACUGGUUUGCUCUCCUCCCCAACGAGCCCGACUACUGCACUUCGUCAGCCCUCCGCGCCCGCCGAUUCCUGUGCGCGCAGCUGCUGCCGACGCCGCAGCAAUGGCGCGCAAGACGCGGGCGAGCACCACCUGGUCGGGUUGCACUGACGUGGCGUGGAUGUUCGGCGUGGCGACGUGCGUGAAGCUGCUGCUCGUGCCGGCCUAUCGCAGCACGGACUUCGAGGUGCACCGCAACUGGCUCGCCGUCACGCACUCGCUGCCGCUAUCCCAGUGGUACGUGGACGCCACGAGCCCAUGGACCCUGGACUACCCGCCGCUCUUCGCCUUCUUCGAGCGCUGCCUCGCACUGCUGGCGUCCCGAGUGGACCCGCUAAUGACUGACCUGGUACAAGGGCUGGAGCACGCCAGCUACGCCACAGUGCUGUUCCAGCGCCUCUCGGUCAUGUGCACGACUGCCUGCUAGCCAUUGCCGCAUGGCGCUGCACGCGCAGCCUGCCCUCGCGCGCGCAUGGCAACGUGGUGGCGGGGGCGGUGCUCUUCUCCGCGGGGCUGCUGCUGGUGGACCACGUGCACUUCCAAUACAACGGCAUGCUGCUGGGGCUGCUGCUGCUUGCAAUGGCUUUCUUAGGGGAGGGGCGGCACGUGUGGGCGUCGGUGGCCUUCGCUUCCCUGUGCUGCAUGAAGCACCUCUUUGCUGUGGCGGGCCCCUUCUUCCUGCUCUUCCUCCUGCGCCACCACUGCUUCCCGCCACCCCCCGCCAGAGCUGCACGGCACAGCAGUGCACGUGGCAAGAGCAUCCCUUCCAGACGAAUAUCCCCCGGGGCAGCAGCCACGCAACCACUAGCAUCACGCAGCACUUUUAGCCUUCUGGCAUCGCUCGCCCGUAUAGCCACUCUGGGGGCAGCGGUCCUCUCUGUCCUCCUCCUCUCCUUCGCCCCUUUAUAGUCACAAACCAGAUCCCCAACCUGCUCUCCCGCCUCUUCCCCUUCGGCCGGGGUCUCAUGCACGCGUACUGGGCGCCCAACUUCUGGGCGCUCUACACUCUCACAGACAAGCUGCUCGCUGCUGGAGGAGCGGGAGGGAAGGGGGGGUGGACCAGGGGGCUGGUGGGCGAGGCGGUGGGGUUCUCGGUUCUCCCCAGGUGACGCCGCUGGGGUCGCUGCUGCUCGUGCUGGCCGCCAUGGCGCCCGUGCUGCUGCACGUGUGGCUGCGACCCGCGGCCUACAUGCAGAGGGACACCAUCGACAGUGGUAGCGAGGGCGGUGGUGACAAGGACAGCAGAGGCGUGAGCAAGGUGCAGCCCCAUGUCUCAUCCAGGGAAGCACGGUGUCAGCUGAGCGUGUACGCCAUUGCAGCGGCGCUGUCGCAUGUAUUUCUGAGUGCGUUCCUGCUGGGAUGGCACGUGCAUGAGAAGGCCGUGCUACACUGCCUGCUGCCGCUCUCCCUCCUCGCCUCCGCCUCCCCCGCAUGGGCGGCCGAGUUUCUCAUUCUUGCCACAGUGUCGCACUACUCUCUGCUCCCCCUCCUCUUCACACUCCCUGAGUACCCCAUCAAGCUGCUCCUCCUCUCCCUCUUCUCCCUCGCCCUCCUCCUCUCCUCCCUCCGCCUCUUCUCCCCCUCUCCCCACCACCGACGCACUUUAUCAACGCACCAACCAACUCCCAAUCCACAGUUCCCCAAGGUGCAGUAUCCAUCUUGGCUCUACAAGCUGCGAGUGGUUCAUGCCUUGGGUGUUCUACCCUUGGAAAUGCUUUGCCAGUUGCUGUACCACCACCCAGGGUUGCACGCACGCUUCCCUUUCCUUCCCCUGCUUCUCACUUCAGUGUACUGUGCUGUGGGCAUUACUGUAGCUUGGGCUGUGCAGCUAUAUGCUAUUGUCAGCUCGUGAUCCAUCCGUGGUCCUGUUGGACCGGUAUGCAUCAUAUGUACGGUAAUAGAGCCAUAUUUGAAAGCUGUAUGCUCUUGUACUUUACC